GCUUUUUAUAUGAAAAAUAAUCUCGAUGGGAAAACGGUAGCCUGCUUUGAUUUAUUGUUUCCUGAAAUUGGUGAACUAAUUGGUGGAAGUCUACGAGAAGAUAAUUACCAAACUUUACAAGAAAAAGCCGAUAAACAAAGUUUAGGUUUAGAAAGGUUAAUAAUGUUAAUCAGUGGCACCGAAAAUAUUCGGGAUACGAUUGCUUUUCCGCGAUUUCCGGGAAAAAUAGAGUCCAGAAAUCAUUUGAGUAAUAAUGAUGCGUUCUUUGCUCGCAAGACGUUCCCUGACAAUG